CAGAGCAUGCCGCUGCUGGCCAGGUCUCCCAGCACCAACCGGAAGUACCCGCCGCUGCCUGUGGAUAAGCUGGAGGAGGACAUUAACCGGCGAAUGGCAGACGACAACAAGCUCUUCCGCGAGGAAUUCAGUGCGCUUCCAGCAUGUCCGAUCCAAGCUACCUGUGAAGCCGCCUCUAAAGAAGAAAACAAGGAGAAGAACAGAUACGUCAACAUUUUGCCUUAUGACCAUUCCAGGGUUCACCUGACACCCAUUGAAGGGGUUCCAGACUCGGAUUAUAUCAAUGCCUCAUUCAUUAAUGGGUAUCAGGAGAAGAACCGGUUCAUCGCUGCACAAGGGCCCAAAGAAGAAACGGUGAACGACUUCUGGAGAAUGAUUUGGGAGCAAAACACGGCCACAAUUGUCAUGGUGACCAAUCUGAAGGAGAGGAAAGAGUGUAAAUGUGCCCAGUAUUGGCCAGAUCAGGGCUGUUGGACGUAUGGGAAUAUCCGGGUCUCUGUGGAAGAUGUCACCAUCCUUGUUGACUACACAGUGAGGAAAUUCUGCAUUCAACAGGUAAGGCCUCACCGGUGUUCAACUUGCUUGGCCUUGUGAGUAGUGGGUAAUUUA